AUGUUGUACGUGCAACAGCAGCCGAUGAUUAAGAAGGCGGAGAGGAGCGGCGGCGGCAGCAGCAGCUGGAGCAGAGGCAUAGAAGAAGAGAGGCUUGAGAUUGUGGACCUCAGUGGCAUGUCUUUGGACUCCCUUCCCAACCCUUCUCUUAACUUGGCCAUCAUUUGCAAGUUGGACCUCUCUAACAACAAUCUCCAGAAUAUUCCGGAGUCGUUGACAGCAAGAUUGGUGAAUUUGGUGGUGCUGGAUGUGCACUCGAACCAGCUUAGAAGGCUGCCAAACUCCAUUGGCUGCCUGUGUAAACUGAAGGUCUUGAAUGUGGCUGGAAACAUGAUCCAAUACCUUCCAAAAACCAUUGACAAUUGCAAAUCAUUGGAGGAACUAAACGCCAACUUCAACAAACUGAUACAGCUUCCAGAAAAUAUUGGUUUGGAACUCAGAAAGCUGAAGAAGUUAUCAGUAAACUCCAAUAAACUACUCUUCCUUCCACGCUCCACCUCAAACCUCACCUCUCUCAAGCUCCUGGACGCCCGCCUCAACUGCCUCCGCUCUCUCCCCGAAGACCUCGAAAAUCUCGUCAGCCUUGAAACCCUCAACAUCAGCCAGAACUUUCACUUCCUCCGUUCUCUCCCUUGCUCCGUCGGUCUUAUCUUCUCCCUCGUCGAACUCGACAUCAGCUACAACAGAAUCACCUCCUUGCCUCCUUCCAUUGCCUGUCUCAACAAGCUCCAGAAGCUAUGUGUCGAUGGUAAUCCGCUCAUGUCGCCGCCACUAGAAGUGGUGGAACAAGGCUUAUAUGCCGUGAAGGGAUACCUCUAUCAGAAGAUGAACUCUCCGUCUUCGUCGGAGAGCCCAUCAACGAAGAAGAAGUCAUGGGUUGGGAAGUUGGUGAAGUACAAAACGUUCAAUGGAGGAGAAACAAAGAGGAGGAGCAGCCAUGAAGAACGCGACGGUUUCGUAAUGCCGGAUUAUAAGCCCAUUGAUACUCUUGCUUCACCGCGUUACAUGGGAAUCUUCUCACCUCGCCGCCUCUUCUCGCCUCGUAAUUACUUCACCAACUCAUGAACAAUUCAUUUCACUUCUUCCAUUUUUUCUUUUUACUACUCGCCUCUCUUUCUUUUGCUCCAUCAACAAUUGCCAUUUUUUAUUCUCUUAGAAUAA